GCCUCAGACAACGAAGAUAUGUUGCGAUAUGUCAAGAGGUUACACUUUUUAAACAGAUCAUGGGGUAUGUAUUUGACCGCAUGUAAAUGAUAUUUAUGUCGACAUGCACUGGCACUCCACCGUUCCGUUUGCCUCAAAUUCCAAAGUGUCCGAGGAUUGUCGGCUUAGAAUCGCUAAAAGCAUUUCAUAACUAAGUUUAUGGUUAAAUCAUCCUAUUGGCAUCGCUAUCCAUACGCUAACUUUUAUCAGCGAUUUUCAGCUUUGGGAUGGACGCUAAUAUCAGGUUCAGGUUCUAUUUUUCAUUGAAUUGAGGCUCGUUGUGUCUUUAAAUAAUUAGCGUGACAUGGUGCAAAGCAUAGGUCUCGUAGAAAUUGUUACUUUUUUACGGUGUUCAAGACACCGUUAGGAGUAUUAUAUCUGCAUUAAUAAUGUUGUGUCGAGUCUUACCUUAGUUUUGUCUUACCCCUUUGUGUAUGACUUUAAAGCUCCUUUUGUCCAUGUCAUGUUGUUGGGAUGCACCCCUCCUUGAUAAAAAACCUGAAGGAUUACUGAAGGAAUAUUUCCCUGUCUGCUUAUGUGUCCGUCUGUAUGUGCAUCUGAUGGUUGUUGUUUAUAACAUCGGAAAAUUAGUCGACCCCUAUCUCACAUCUAUAUGUUGGGAGGAAGGCAAUGAAUACAUACAUAAGACUCGAAAAAGUGUAGAGCGAAUACUUUUAUAACAUAUGUUUUUUCCUCACAUUCGAGUAAA